UCACUUCAUGGCUUGAAUUUGUAUGGAGCGUUUGCGGUCGACUAUCAGUAGUUCUACAGUCUUAGCACUGUAUCUCUGAAACUAUUAAUCGUAGAUGUACUGUUACUCGUACAUUAUUACUGAGAUUUUUAAUGGACUAUUUAUUUAUAAGAAAGUAGUUAUCUAGUCUGCUGAUAUUUUAAAUAUUUAUACCUUAGUAAAUUAUUGAGUUUUCUAUUUGUUUUUUUUCGGGUUUUGUUUAAGUAAAUAACUUAAAUUAUAUUGGCACCCUAUGAGACUGGUUGCUGCAGGUUUAAUUUCAGAACCUAGAGUACCUACCUAUCAUUAAUAAAUAACUAAAAAAUAUUUGCAUAAUAUGUACUAUAUCUUUUAUUAUCUUUCUUUUGUCUAUGAUACAUGUAUGGUAUAUAUGUUUAAACAUUUUAAUGGUUUCAAAUCUUUUACAGAUUUUUUAGUUUAUUAUAAUUAUCUUUUACAAACCCUUAAUUCAAUGCUUUAAAAUGUUAUGUUUUGUAAUAUGAGUAAUGUAUAAAAUUGUAAGAGUACAUUUAUAUUGUUAUCAUACAAAUUUUUCAAAUAUCUUUAUAUUCAUUCAUAAAAUCUCUUGCAUAAUUAUAUUGUACUGUGAUAUUUAGAUAUUUUUUUUAUUUAAAUUAAAAACAUCAAAGUUUUCCAAGGAAUUUUUUGUUAACAAAACAGAUAACUUAGACAUAUUAUGUAUUUACAAUGAUGUUUUUUUAGUUUAUUAUAAUUAUUAUUUUUUAAUAUUAUUGUAGGUAUGACGAAAUUAUUAUUUGACAAAACAAAGAUGUAGUCUCAUUGAAAUUCAUAUAUUUAUUAGUAUUAUCAUUGCAUAAGUUGUUUGCUAUUAUUUGUUCCAGAUAACUUUUGAUAGAUUAUGAACUUUGACAUUGAUGUAAGAAAUCAGUCUGUGCAGCGUCAAUGAAAAUAGCAUUCAGUCUUGUAUAGAUCAUUGAACUCAUCGGACUUACUGUGCAAUUAUGGCGAUCAUAAGAUAUUUUUCAUGUGAGGCAUUUAGUGCUCACAAGACCAAGGAAAUAUUACAAAAGUUGAAAAAUGUUGAUGCUGAUGUGUCAGAAUUAUCAACUGAACUCUGUUACCAUGUAGAGCUUGCUGAAGGUUGCCAUCACUUGAAUAUCAACCAGAUAAAAAUUCUUAAAUGGUUACUUAGUUCACCCCUUCAACCUUACGCUUUAAAGAAUGAAACUGUGUAUAAAAAUAUGCAACAAAAUCAGAUCAUAAUUGAAAUUGGGCCAAGGUUCAAUUUUUCAACAGCUGAUUCCAGUAACUCUGUACAAAUAUGUGAAAGUGUGGGAUUACAUGAUAUUGUUCGCCUUGAGGUCUCAACCAGAUAUCUUAUUUCUUUCAACAACACAAAAAAUGUUACCCCAGGCCUUUUAGAAGGUUUAGCGGCGCCUUUACAUGACAGAAUGACUCAAUGUAUAUAUACAAGCAAAAAUUUACCAAGACAAAGUUUCAAUGAAGGUCUGCCAAAAGAUCUAGAACCUUGGUUUAUUGUACCUUUGCAAAAAGAAGGUAGAAAAGCAAUGGAAAAUGUGAAUGCAAAAUUAGGAUUGGCUUUCGAUUCAUGGGAUAUGGAUUUCUAUAUGGAUCUGUUUGUAAACAAAUUAAAACGAGACCCAACUAGUGUGGAGUUAUUCGACCUUGCUCAGAGUAACAGUGAGCAUUCACGCCAUUGGUUUUUCAAGGGAAAACUUAUUUUGGACGGUGAAGAAAUAAACCAAUCCUUAAUUGAUAUGGUAGCUUCUACUCAACAAAAUUCUAAUAACAAUAAUGUUAUCAAAUUUGGUGAUAACAGCAGCGCCAUCAAAGGUUUUAAACACAAGAAGAUAAGACCAGUUAAUGUUAGAGCACCAUCUCAAGUGAUAGAGGAAGAAGUUGAAUCGGAUAUAAUAUUCACAGCUGAGACUCAUAAUAUGCCAACUGCGGUGGCACCUUUCAGUGGUGCCACCACCGGGACUGGGGGACGAAUCAGAGACGUCCAAGGUGUUGGACGGGGAGGACAUACUGUAGCUGGUACUGCAGGAUAUAGUGUAGGCAAUCUCCAUAUACCAGGUUAUGAAUUACCAUGGGAAGAAAAAGGAUGGGAAUAUCCUAGCAACUUUGCAAGCCCUCUUCAGAUUAUAAUAGAUGCAAGUAACGGCGCAUCUGAUUACGGAAAUAAAUUUGGGGAGCCUGUUAUAUCAGGUUGGUCAGAAUGUGAUAUGAAUGUUAAAAAACGUUUUGUUCAGUCUUACGGAUUGAAAAAUGCUGAUAAUGUGAGGGAAGAAUUUGUUAAACCCAUUAUGUUUAGCGGCGGUAUUGGUUACAUGCCUCAUACAAUGAUUAAAAAGAACAAACCAGAAAAAGGCAUGUUAUUAGUGAAAGUGGGAGGGCCGGUAUAUAGAAUUGGAGUUGGCGGCGGGGCCGCUUCAUCUGUGGCAGUCCAAGGUGGUGAUUCGAGAGACCACGCUCUAGAUUUUGGAGCUGUACAAAGAGGUGAUGCUGAAAUGGGUAAUCGUCUCAAUCGUGUCGUAAGAGGAUGUUUGGAAUCUGACAUCAAUCCAGUAGAAUCAAUACAUGACCAAGGUGCUGGUGGCAAUGGCAAUGUACUUAAAGAAUUAGUGGAACCCGAAGGAGCUGUUGUUUUCACCAAGGAGUUCCAACUCGGCGAUCCUACUAUCACUACUCUAGAAUUAUGGGGAGCUGAAUAUCAAGAAAAUGACGCUUUGCUAUGUAGCAAGAAAAAUAGACCAAUACUUGAAGAAAUUUGCUGUCGCGAAAGAUGCCCUGUCUCAUUUGUGGGCGAAGUAACCGGUGACGGUUUUAUGAGUCUCGUGGAAGAUUCGUUCACAGAUAAUUAUCUUGACAGGGGGAACAGACUGAAACCAGAGACCAAGAGCAAACUCCCCUACGAUUUGCAUUUAGAAGCUGUACUUGGAAAUAUGCCAAGAAAGACAUUCAACUUGAAGAGAGAACAGAGAACUAAGUUGCCUCUAUCACUGCCUAAAGAUAUCACCGUUAAAAGCGCUUUAGAUAGAGUCCUUAGACUAGUUAAUGUCGCUAGUAAGAGAUAUUUGACCAAUAAGAUUAGCUCCACCAAUGACGAAAUGGAACUAUACUACCAUGAGCCUCGAAACGCGAAAUGGAACUAUGCUAUGAUGCUCCCAGACAUAUCACUAUGUGCCCAGGUUGAUCGUUGUGUCACGGGUUUGGUAGCGCAGCAGCAAUGCGUCGGUCCCCUUCACACGCCGUUGGCAGAUUGCGCCAUAAUAGCUCUCUCUUAUAAUGGUCUGGUGGGAUCUGCCACUUCCAUCGGUACACAAAACGUCAAAGGAUUACUAGACCCCGCUGCCGGUGCGAGACUCUCAUUGGGGGAGGCUUUGACUAAUUUGGUAUUUGCGGGUAUAACAGAACUCGAAGACGUGAAAUGUUCAGGCAACUGGAUGUGGGGUGGUAAGACUGGCGUGGAAGGUGGCAGUCUGGUGGUAGCAUGCGAUGCGUUAUGCGAUGCUAUGCGAGAGUUAGGUGUCGCUGUCGACGGUGGAAAGGAUUCCUUGUCUAUGUGCGCGUACGCCGGUGGGAAGAAAGUGAUGUCACCCGGCACUUUAGUAGUGUCAACUUACGCACCUUGUCCGAAUAUCACGGUCAAAAUUGAGCCAGCACUCAGAGAAGAAGGGUCUGCUCUCGUUUAUGUACCAGUAUCAUCAGGAAAAUACCGACUUGGAGGGUCAGCACUAGCCCAGUGCUAUAAGCAAUUGGGAGACAUUACGCCAGAUCUAGAUAAUCCAACGGUAUUAAAAUCUAUUUUUAAGACUACACAGGCAUUGUUAAAAGAAAAGAAACUAUUAUCUGGUCAUGAUGUCAGUGAAGGAGGUUUUGUAACAACUGUGUUGGAAAUGGGAAUCGGAGGUCUUCGUGGUUUGGCCAUAGACAUGAAAGUAGAGACUAAUGUAUCAGUCAUAGAGGCACUGUUCAAUGAAGAAUUGGGAAUAGUGGUCGAAGUUGCCCAGAAGGAUUUGAGAUAUGUGCUUGGAGAGUAUCAAAAGAAUGGUGUGAAUGCUAAACAUAUAGGUAGCACCGGCAAAUAUGGAACGAAUUCUAUGGUUACAAUAAAAGUGAACGGCACAGAAGUUCUGAACACACGCUUAAUAGACAUUUUUAAAAUGUGGGAAGAAACUAGCUAUCAAUUGGAAUGCUUGCAAGCCAAUUCUGACUGCAUCAGAGAAGAAUGGAAAGGUCUUGAGAAACGCAAAGGAGCGACGUACACAGUCACAUUCGAUCCAUCUGCAGCGAUUGUGAAAACUAAAUCGACAAAAGUAGCAGUACUUCGAGAGGAAGGUACAAAUGGUGAUAGAGAAAUGAUUGCUGCUCUCAUGAUGUCCAACUUUGAUGUGUUUGAUGUCACCAUGAGCGACUUGCAGGGCAAGAAAAUAACUUUGGAUGCGUUCCAGGGUUUAGUAUUUCCAGGAGGUUUUAGCUAUGCAGAUACACUUGGUUCUGCAAAAGGAUGGGCAGCUGGCAUAUUGUUUUCCGAUUCACUGAGUGCCCAGUUUUCUAACUUCAAGAACAGGUCGGACACAUUUUCAUUGGGCGUUUGCAAUGGCUGCCAACUAAUGGCCCUCCUCGGUUGGAUCGAUCCAGAGACUAACACAAAUACUGUAGACAAAACUCAAUUGUUCCUUGACCACAAUAGUUCUGAAAGAUUCGAAUGCCGUUGGAGUGCGGUAAAGAUAACCGAAGAUAAGAGUAGACCGGACGUAUGGUUCCGUGGGAUGGGUGGCAGCGUGUUAGGAGUGUGGGUAGCUCACGGAGAGGGUAGAUUCUCUGUGUCCGAGCGGCAAGUUUUAGAUAAAGUUCGUAGCAAUGGUCAAAUCGCUAUGCAGUACGUGGAUGAUGAUGGCAACCCAACUGAGAUCUACCCGAUGAACCCUAACGGCAGUCCUGCUGGCAUUGCUGGCGUAAGAUCAGUCGAUGGACGUCACAUUGCCAUGAUGCCGCAUCCUGAACGUUGCGUACUUCGUUGGCAGUGUCCUUCUCAGCCUCCACUUUACGCAAAUCAAGCUGAUCCUAACAGUCAAAUAUCACCUUGGCUCAGACUCUUCCAGAACGCUUACACUUGGUCUUCCCAACAAUAGACGUUGCUAAUGCAAUGUUAUUAAAACACUUUAUGCUUUUGUGAUUCUAAUUGACAUAUGAAGUUCCUUAUGUUAUGUUAUGAAGUUCCUUAUUUGCUGUAGUCAUUU